AUGGGACCCUCAGCACGUCCUCGGCAGCAUAUCGAUCGGAAAGAUCUAUAUACAAAUCUCGAAGCGCGAAUACAGUAUCUCCACUCAUUUAUUGAUUUCAGUUCAAAUGAUAUCGAAGCCUUGGUGACAGGCUCAAGAUACAUAAAACAGCUUAUCCCUGCCAUCGUCAAUAUCGUCUACCAGAAACUUCUGCAGUAUGACAUUACGACGCGAGCCUUAGAAACCCGGAGUACGAGCUAUGAAGGUCCGGUAGAUGACAAUCUAGACGAAAAUAGCCCGCAAAUAUUACAUCGCAAAAUGUUCUUGAGGGCGUACCUAUCGAAGUUAUGUUCUGACCCUAGCACAAUGGAAUUUUGGGAGUAUCUGGACAAAGUGGGUAUGAUGCAUACUGGCCGUGGACGUGAACACCCCUUGCACGUCGAAUAUGUCCAUAUUGGGGCAUGUCUCGCCUUCAUCCAAGACACUUUCACAGAGGCGCUUCUUUCGCACCCGCGCCUACGGACGGAUAAGAAGAUUGCUCUAGUAAAGGCCAUCGGCAAGGUCAUCUGGGUCCAGAACGACCUUUUCGCGAAGUGGUAUGUGCGCGAUGGUGACGAGUUCGCAGAUGAGAUAGAGAAGCAGAGAGUCGAGCCGGAAGGGUUCUUACACGGGAAGAAGAUAUUAGAGGAUAUAGAGGAAGGCAUUCCAUCGUCUCCUUCAUGUCCCUUCACAGGAUUUUCUGCCGCAGCAAAGGCUGACGCAUGCAAUGGAUGUGGGGAGAAUGGCGACAAAGAGAAUGGGUGCUCAUCAACAUUACCCAUACGAACGCACGUUGAAACGAAUUGA